AUGUCGAGCGAAACGAAUACUACUGCAGGGUCCUCGUCCUUAGCUAACGAAACGUUGUCCGUUACUACUUCCAAUGAUAACUCGGCUUUAGUACAGGAAGAUUCCGCAGAAAAGCAAGCUCGCAAGAAACCAAAUCGACAAAACUGGAAAAGCCCAUCUAAGGGCGAUGGUAAAGACAUCAAAGCAAAUAAACCUAUUGUCAUUUCCGAUGAUAAUAAUGGGUCCGAUCAAUCUAAAAAUAAAGAGGCCGAAGUAUUAGAUAUAAAUAUUGCCCAACAUCAACGUCGAAAGUCAACCGCUAACACGUCCGAUACAUCAAGCAAAAAUAAAAAUUCUAAUAACAAUGGUAUUGAUAAGUCCGUUCAUCGUCGUGGUAAAUCAAUGGCAAACGUUGGGGAGCUUCAAGGCGUCUCUUCGAAAAAUGGAAACGGUAAAUCUAAAGGCAGCAAGGAUGAUUCUGAAAAUAAAUCGGAAGCUUUAGAAUCUUUGCAGCAGAUUAUUGCCAGUCUCAAAAGUUUACCAGCAGUUCCAUCUAAACCUCAAAAGUCAGAUAAAAAAGAUGGUGAUGAUAGUUCCGUUGACUUGGCUUUUAAACAUAAACGUCAUGAGUCGAGUGCAUCUGGUACCGGAAAGCGGACUAAUGCACCUUCUAAACAACAUAAGAAGGGUACUUCUGUGUCAUUUUCAUUUCCCCUGACAACAGCAGUUACUACUUCAUUAAAGCCUAUUCUUGAUUCAGAAGACGGCAAACCUAUUGACAUAGAAAAUGCUUUACAAGACACUAUUUCCUCUUUGAGGCGCAUGAGUCUUGAUAAAGGCAAAGUUCAGAAGGAAAAAGAAAUUGAUAAGAAAAAAGAUGAUGGUGAAGAUGAUGAGACCGAAGAAGAAAGGAAGACUCGACGUAAAAAAAAUACUGUAAACAGAAAAUCUCCCAAUCCUGAUGAUAUGGUACAGUCUAAUAUCGAUAAAAAACAAGAGUUGGAUUCUCCUAAGUCUCCAUUUGAUUUCAAGAAACCCACAGACGACCAACAACAGCUAACUGCGAAGAAGACCCAUCGUCGUCAUCAAUCUCUUGGUUAUACGUUGUCUAAUUCUUCGUCCUCGACAUCUAUCGUGAAGCCUAAUAUUCCUAUCCAUGGCCGACGCCACAGUGUAGCUCUUAAUGGCAGCAAAGACGUGCUUAAAGAACUUGAAAAGAAUCAAGGCAGACUUGUUGGACCAGAAGUGAAGGGCCAUCGCCGUAGCAAUUCCAGAAAUUUUGAAGGCAACUGGCGAUCAACUGCCUCGCCCCUUUCUGCCUUAGCUCAACCAUUUCAGCCAUUUCCGAUACCUAAGUUUGGUGCAAUCCAGAAGAAACAGCAACAGAAUCAACAAAACUCUAACAAUCAGCAACAAAGGAAGUCUCUCUUUGCACCUUAUCUUCCACAAGCUUCUCUUCCUCCACUUCUUAAAAAUUGCCAGCUCGUUUCUGGUGUUUUGCGAAUCAAUAAACGUAAUCGAUCCGAUGCCUAUGUAGCUACCGAGUCACUUGAUGCUGACAUCUACAUAUGUGGUUCCAAAGAUAGGAAUCGCGCAUUAGAGGGUGAUGUUGUUGCGGUAGAAUUGUUAGAUCCUGAUAAAAAAGAUGACGUUGAAGUCGAGGGGCAAGGUCUUCUUCUUUUCGAGGAUGAUGACAUUGUCACAGAUGAACAGAGACCGAAAUAUUGUGGCCAUGUCGUUGCAGUUAUGGAACGAAUGCCGGGACAACUUUUUUCUGGAACGCUUGCUCUUUUAAGACCAUCAUCCACUGCAACUAAAGAAAGAGAAGCAGCUGAAAAAGCUCGAAAAGAAGCUGAAGAUAGAGCUGCUGGUAUUGAACCCAAAGUGGAAGAGCAUCGAGAAGAGAAAAAAGAUGACAAAAAUGAGCGUCCAAAGAUUGUAUGGUUUAAGCCGACAGACAAACGCGUACCUUUAAUUGCCAUUCCAACUGAGCAAGCACCAUCUGACUUUGUCGAAAAUCAUCAGUCUUAUGCCCAGCAAUUGUUUGUUGCUUGUAUUAAGCGUUGGCCCAUAACUUCACUUCAUCCUUUUGGUACUUUAGUGACAAAAAUAGGAGAGAUUGGUAGUAUAGAAGUAGAAACGGAAGCACUUCUUAAAGAUAAUAACGUUUCCUCUGAAGAAUUCAAUGAAAAUGUGACAAAGUGCCUUCCAUCUACUCCCUGGAUUAUUCCUGAAAAGGAAAUCGAAGCCCGCAAAGACUUAAGGUUAACCACCAGGAUUUUCUCGAUUGAUCCUCCCACUGCGAAGGAUCUUGAUGAUGCUGUUUCAUGUUCUCGUCUUCCAGAUGGAAAUUACGAAAUAGGUGUUCAUAUUGCAGAUGUAAGCUAUUUUGUUAAACAAAACAGUGCACUUGAUCGAGAAGCUCGUAAGAGAGCGACAACCGUUUAUUUGGUCCAAAAAUCUGUUCCCAUGCUCCCACCAUUAAUUUCUGAAGAAUUAUGCAGCUUAAACCCUGGUGCAGAUAGACUUUCCUUCUCUGUAAUUUGGAAAAUGACACCGGAAGGCAAACAUUUUGAGACAUGGUACGGCCGUACUAUAAUCCGACCAUGCGCUAAAUUAUCGUAUGAAAAUGCGCAGGAAGUAAUUGAAGGAAAACCUUUAAACCCUGAAGUCAAAAUUUUUAGUGAUUACGAUGCUAAAGAGAUUGAGGCUGAUAUCAAAGGUCUCUCACAACGUUUGCGAGAACAACGACUUAAGCGUGGCGCGUUGUCUUUGGGCUCUAUCAAACUAAACUUUGAACUGGAUGAGCACAAUAAUCCUAUCGAAUGCAACAUAUAUGAACAUAAAGAUGCCAAUCAACUCAUUGAAGAAUUCAUGUUACUUGCAAACAUGAGUGUUGCACAAAAAAUAUCUAGUGCUUUUCCCGAGCAAGCUUUACUUAGAAGACAUGCUCCUCCCAUUGAACGUAGACUUAAUGAUUUUGUUGAGCAUGUUAAAAGAUUAGGAUAUGAUAUUGAUACAUCAUCUGCUGGUGCUUUACAAAGGUCUUUCAAUGCUGUUGAAGACGAUAGUGUUAGAGAGGUUUUGAAACUUCUUGCAAUAAAACCAAUGCAAAGAGCUAAAUAUUUCUGUACUGGAACUUUAGACAUUGCAAAAUAUCAUCAUUAUGCUUUGAAUGUUCCGCUUUAUACACAUUUUACCUCUCCUAUUCGUCGUUAUGCUGACGUUCUUGUUCAUCGUAUGCUCGAAGCUGCGUUAUCUGGUGAGAAACGCUUCUAUCUUGAUAAGGAUGCUGUUCAAAAGACGGCUAAUCAUUGCAAUGUCAAAAAGGACGCUGCAAAAAAUGCACAGGAGCAAAGUAGCCAUCUCUUCCUCUGUGUCCUCCUUCAUAAUUUGACUGUGCAAUCAGGUCCUGUAAUUCGUGAAGCAAUUGUCAUUGGUGUCAAAGACCAUGCAUUUGAUGUUUUAGUACCCGUGUUUGGAAUUGAAAAGCGUGUUCAUUUAGAUCAACUUCCGCUAGAAAGAUUUAUAUUCAAUGCUGAAACAGGUGAAUUAGCUCUGCAUUGGAAACAGGGAAUCAGUUCUCUUGAACCGAUUCCUGAAGAUGACGGACUUGGCGAAGAUGAAGAGGAUGGUUUGGAUGUUGACGAAGAUGCUUUACUUGCAGAUGUUAAUGACGAUUAUCACUAUGAAUUGAUGGAUGUCUCAAGUCUCCCGAUUGAAGAUGAGCAUCGACUAUUUGAUGAUGCCAAUUCAGACAUUGGCGAAGAUGACGAGUUUCAAGUACCUGGUGAUGAGGAAGAUGAUAGUAAUGAUGAUACAGAAAUUGUUGCUGUGCCUUUAAUGUCUUCUAGUGAAUCCCCUAAAACGGACAUUCCCUCAACAGAAGCUCCGUCACUCAAUCAAACAGCUUCUACAAAAAGUUCUCUACCUAUUGUAAAAAUUACAGAAUUACCACAGUUGCCCAUAGUUUCUGAUCCCACUGUUCCCAACUCUCAAAUUAUUAAAGAGCUUUGCCGUCUUCAAGUUGUUAUCACUGCAGAUUGUAAAAAGAGCCCACCCGUUAUUAAAGUUUUGGCUGUUAACCCUUAUGCGUAG